GCUCCUCUGGCUCAGUUCCGAUCACGCCAACAUCUGGAGACCAGGCCACCGGGUCUGUCUGCGGCUCAGUGGGGAUUUGCAUGCCAAGUUCACUCCACCAAGCCUGGGACAAUGGGGAGGAAAAAAAUCCAGAUCUCACGCAUUCUGGACCAAAGGAAUCGGCAGGUGACGUUUACCAAGCGGAAGUUCGGGCUGAUGAAGAAGGCCUAUGAGCUGAGCGUGCUCUGCGACUGUGAAAUCGCCCUCAUCAUCUUCAACAGCGCCAACCGCCUCUUCCAGUAUGCCAGCACGGACAUGGACCGCGUGCUCCUGAAGUACACGGAGUACAGCGAGCCUCACGAGAGCCGCACCAACACUGACAUCCUCGAGACACUGAAACGGAGAGGUGUGGGCCUCGAUGGACCAGAGCUGGAGCCGGAUGAGGGGCCUGAGGGGCCGGGAGAGAAGCUGCGGAGGUUGGCAGGUGAUGGGGGUGACCCAGCCUUGCCCCGGCCCCGGCUUUAUCCGGCAGCCCCUACUAUGCCCAGUCCGGACAUGGUAUAUGGGGCCCUGCCCCCACCAGGCUGUGACCCCAGUGGGCUUGGGGAGGCCCUGCCGGCCCAGAGCCGCCCAUCCCCUUUCCGGCCAGCAGCCCCCAAAGCUGGGCCCCCAGGCCUGGCACACCCUCUCUUCUCACCAAGCCACCUUGCCAGCAAGACACCACCACCCCUGUACCUGGCAGCGGAUGGGCGGAGGCCGGACUUGCCUGGUGGCCUGGCGGGGGCCCGAGGGGGACUGAGCACCUCAAGAGGCCUCUAUGGUAGCCUACAGAGUCCAUGCUCUGCCACAGCCCCGGGACCCCCACUCGGGAGUUUCCCCUUCCUCCCUGCAGGCCCCCCAGAAUAUGGCCUGGGAGAUCCCCCUCCACCCCCUGGCCUGCUGCAGCCCCCCACCCUGGCCCCCUGGCAGCACUCGAGGGGUGAUGGGCCCCCAGCCGCUCCUCCGCAGCCCAGUGGGGGUCGAAGUCUGGGCGAAGAGGGUACCCCCGCCCGCGGCGCCUCCCCGCCGACACCCCCAGUCAACAUCAAGUCCGAGCGCCUCUCGCCGGCCCCCGGGGGCCCCGGCGACUUUCCCAAGACUUUUCCCUACCCCUUGCUCCUGUCCCGGCCCCUGGCAGAGCCCCUACGGCCAGGCCCCCCCCUGCGCCGGCUGCCCACUGCGGACGGCUGGGCCCGGUAGUGGACGCAGGGGUGGCACCGGUCCUUCUUCCCACGCGGGGCUGGGCUCGGGCACGUGGGGUCCCAAUCUCCUUCCCCGCGUUCUUAGAAAAGACCCAGCAGUUACGACCCUCUGAAGU